GCGAGUCCCCCAGACAACACCAGACUCCGCUCCCGCACCCAGCUACCGCCGCGGGGCUCAGUGGCGUGGAUGCACCUCGCGCUCCGCGCCCACCUCAGCACCCGCAGCCCAGCGCGCCCACGCUCCCCGAGCUCCGCCUGGGCUCCCGCCCCACGCCGCCGUACCCUCGCCAUGGCGUGUGCUCCCACGCGGACCAGACAGAAUCCCCGACUACUGCCGCUGCUGCCACUGCUCUUGUUGUUCCGGGACGCGGGCUGCAGCCACUCAGCCCCAUCCUGGCCCUUUUCGCCUACAGCUGCAGACAACCUGCAAGAAUCACCCCCAGGGGACGCGGCCACCGCCGCGCUGGGCCCAGGACCCCAGGACAUGGUCGCUGUCCACAUGCUCCGGCUCUAUGAGAAGUACAACAGGCGGGGCGCGCAGCCUGGAGGAGGCAACACUGUGCGCAGCUUCCGAGCCCGGCUAGAAGUGGUCAACCAGAAGGCUGUGUAUUUCUUCAACCUAAGCUCCAUACAGGACUCAGAGAUGAUCCUCACAGCCACCUUUCACUUCUACUCUGAGCCACCACGGUGGCCCCGGGCACGCGAUGUGCCCUGUAAGCCUCGGGCCAAGAGCACCCCGUGCCGCAUGCUGCCCCCCGGCCCCACGCGCCUGCACGUGCUCUUCCGCAGCCUGGCCCAGAACGCAGCCACGCAGGGGCUGCUGCGCGGAGCCAUGGCCCUGGCGCUUCCAUCCCGCGGCCUGUGGCAGGCCAAGGACAUCUCCACCAUCGUCAAAGCCGCGCGCCGCAACGGCGAGCUGCUCCUGACAGCCCAGCUGGACUCUGGGGAACGGGUCCCUGGGGUGCCCAAGUCCACCCCUCGAGCUCCCUACAUCCUCGUCUACGCCAACGACCUGGGCAUCUCGGAACCCAACAGCGUGGCAGUGACGCUGCAGAGAUAUGAUCCCUUUCCUGCCGGGGACCCCGCUCCCCGCGCCGCCGGCGUGCGCAACAGCUCCGCGGACCCCCGUGUGCGCCGAGCAGCGCAGGCUCCUGGGCCGCUGCAGGACAACGAGCUGCCUGGGCUGGACGAGCGGCCUGCGCGCGCGCCUUUGGCUCCGCACUUCCACAAGCAAGAGUUGUGGCCUGGCCCGUUCCGCACACUGAAGCCCCGGCCUGCGCGCAAGGAACGCAGGAGGAAAGGCCAGGACUCCUUCCCUGCCAUCCCUUCACAGGUGCUGGAUUUUGACGAGAAGACUAUGCAGAAAGCACGGAGGAGGCAGUGGGACGAGCCGCGGGUCUGUGCUCGGCGGUACCUGAAGGUGGACUUCGCAGACAUAGGGUGGAAUGAAUGGGUCAUCUCACCCAAGUCCUUUGAUGCCUACUACUGCGCUGGAGCUUGUGAGUUCCCCAUGCCCAAGAUUGUUCGCCCUUCCAACCACGCCACCAUCCAGAGCAUUGUCAGGGCCGUGGGCAUCAUCCCGGGCAUCCCAGAGCCCUGCUGUGUGCCAGACAAAAUGAACUCACUCGGGGUCCUCUUCCUGGAUGAGAACCGGAAUGUGGUUCUGAAGGUGUACCCCAACAUGUCUGUUGAGACAUGUGCCUGCCGGUAAAGCCACUCCAGGGAAGACAGCUUCACCCAGCAGAGUCUGUGGGAACUGGGCUUGGACUGGCAGAGCAGUUUCAGGGGACAGGGCGGAGCUUAAUGGUAGCCCUGCUGUGCCCAGAAAGAUGGUGGGUCUUCACUGCUGGUGACAGAGCCCCCUGAAUGCUUCCUGAGUCUACACCCUGAGGUGUCGGGAAGCACCUGAAGGUCACCCCUCAACCCACUGUCUUCAAGGCCUACAAGUGGGACGUGCCCAGGGCAUUCAUCUGUGCAUUCAUCAUCUCAAAACGGGGCGGGGGGAGGCUGUGCACAUGUGGGGGUGCUCAGUCCCCUGUGUCAGGAGAACCGCUCUUCAAAUGCUCAGUCUAAAACUCUUUAGGCUACAAACUGGAAAAAGGGCCUCAUCAUGGCAUAAGUGGGUGCUUUCUUUCCCACUCCAGUGCAGGUGCUUUUCUACAUACAGUAUGCACGCAUAACAUUGUGGGUUUCUUUCUUUUAAUAUAUAUUUUGUUUUAAAACAAAAGGGUGGGAGUUGACACCUUUCCUCAGAGAUAAUCAAGCUGGUAGGUUGGGUUGUUUAAAUGUGUAUGGGAAUAACACAUACAGUAAUAUGUUGGAAUACUAAAAAAUAACCAAGAUUUUAUAUUUUUGUAAAUUAUACUUUGUAUACUGUAGAUUGUGUAUGUUCUGUGUUUUUAUGGAAAGCUAAUAAACUAAAGGGACAGUGGCAUCUUGAAAAAGUCAAAUGUCCCCAUUCUCAAACUUUGAUCUAUUUCUGCCCAUCCUAAGUCUAAUGUCUGGGUGACACUGUAUCCUUUAGUAUUGACAGUGGCCCUGAGGUCAUCUCCUUACUCUUUCUGUCCCAACCAGCAGAAAGCUAGCUGCUUCUAAGCCUU